CAAUUUUUAUUUUUAGUUAGGAAGGAAGAAUAAGAAAGCUCCUGAUAAAUGGCAACUUCAGUUCCGAUUCCAACUGAUACAUUCAAGUUAGGGUUUAUCGGAGCUGGUAAAUUGGCGGAAAGUAUUGCUAGAGGAGUUGUGAAAUCAGGGGUUUUACCUGCUUCUAGAAUUAGUACUGCCCAUAGAGAUUCUCAACGUAGAGAUGUUUUUUCUUCCUUCGGAGUUAAGGUCUAUGAGCAUAAUCAUCAGGUUGCUGAAGACAGUGAUGUCAUCAUAUUUUCGGUCAAGCCCCAGAUUGUGAAGGAAGUGGUUUUACAGUUGAAACCGUCACUUACCAAAGAUAAACUUUUGGUAUCAAUUGCUGCGGGAAUUAAAUUGGCGGAUCUGCAGGAAUGGGCUGAGAGUACUCGUUUUAUUCGAGUUAUGCCAAAUACUCCUUCUGCUGUAGGUCAGGCAGCAUCAGUUAUUAGCUUAGGAGGAACCGCAAUAGAAGAAGAUGGGUUGCUUAUGGAUAGUCUCUUCGGAGCAAUUGGUAGAACAUGGAGAGCUAAUGAGAAAAUGUUUGAUGCCGUCACUGGAGUGAGCGGAAGUGGCCCAGCAUAUAUUUUUAUGGCAAUAGAGGCUUUGGCCGAUGGUGGAGUAGCUGCAGGUCUUCCACGGGAUCUUGCGGCAGGUUUAGCUGCUCAGACUGUUCUGGGAGCAGCUAUGAUGGUUGUUACCACAGGUAAGCAUCCUGGGCAGCUAAAAGAUGAUGUUGCAUCAGCUGGGGGAACCACCAUUGCUGCAAUUCACGAAUUAGAGAAGGGUGGAUUUCGUGGAGUUCUGAUGAAUGCCGUUGUUGCUGCAGCUAAUCGUAGCAAAGAGUUCUCAAAAAAAUAGUAUCGCUCCUUGUUCUUCAAUUGGAGGUUCACACUAGCAUUUUUUUUUUGGUUGUUUACCAUUUUGAUUCUGUCAAAGAAAUGAUUGCCUUAAUAGUUAUAUAAGGGACAGUAUUGCUCCCAUCUGAUUAGUUUACUACGUUUAUGUCACUUCUUGUUUAUAAUUAUAAUUCCUUCAGAAGUAGUAUACUAA